UAUAUAAAGGCAACUAAGCAUGACCAGACCAUAUAGAGAACAAGAACAUAAUUAAGACUCUCUAUUCUCUUUCUUCUCUUGCUCUUUCCACAGCGAUCAUGCAACGCAGUCAUGCCCUUCUUGUUGCUGCUCUCUUCUUGUGCUUGAUCGCUGCCCAAGUGUAUUCAAGCGCAACGGCCAUGGUCGGCUCCAAAUUCCGAUCAUCCAUUUCUGCUUGCAAUAUGGGACGAGCAAAACGAACCUUUCGGUAUCUGGACAUUGCAGGUCGAAAUAUGCCUGAAGAUACUGGACCUGACGCACCCUCUUCGGCUACAAACGAUAAGAGCUUCGGGAAUUCCUUGUAUCCUGCAAACAAAGUCGAUUCUUCUGACGCUGCCGAUAUAGUGACCGUUGACUACACCCCUGCUCGGAAAAACCCACCCAUCCACCACUGAGAAAAGUACAUCCAAGAUUAUAGCAACUACAGUGGCGAUGAUAAUGAUAAAAUAAGGUUAAUAAGAUAAGGAAAUUGUUAUCUGCACAAGACCUGAUGGAUAGAAGACCCUCCUUCCUACUUUAGGGCAUGUAAUGAUCAACUUUGUAUUAUUGUAAUACCAUAUUAGUAGUAUUUGGGUGGGUUUGUUGUCUAUCAACUCAGGGUGGGUAUAGUAGCAAUUCCCAUGUGAUAGUAGCUGUUUUUACUUUCUUCCGUCUUUGUUAGAUAUAGUACCACUGAGAGCGUAAGGAGUUGUAAGGCAGUGGGAACGUUAAGGAGAUGGAAGAAUGUUACAAACCGCA